AUGGUAUGAAUGAAAUCCGGAUGGAAUAUGGAGUAAAUAAAAUAAUAGCGUUCUGGAUUUUGCAAAGCACAUUUAGAUACUUUCUUUUAUUUUCCAAAAUAAAAAAUAGUUGGCUUUUAUUCACAUUAUUCAAUAAUCUAUCACUCACUCACCUACCCCUGCUCUUUUAUUACUUGCUUGUUAUACCCAGGAGUAAACAAUGAUAUUCAAAUCGCCCCACACCAGCGUCAAAAUCCCAGAUUUGGACCUGCCAACGUUCAUGUUCACGUACGCGCGGAAGAACACAGUCUUCGGCCAGAAUCCCAACCUCAUAACCAUGAUACAGCAUUCGCAAAGCCUGACAUUCGCCGACUUUGAGCGCCAAACCGACGAGUUUGCCUCGGGUCUGCACAAUAACCUGGAAUUCCAGCGCGGCGACAUCCUAGCAGCCAUCCUGCCCAACACACCGUUCUACCCCAUUAUAACCAUGGGCACCCUGUUGCUCGGUGGAGUAGUGAACACGGCCAACCCGGCAUACACUGCCCGCGAGCUCUCGCAUCAGCUCAAGAUGACGCAACCAAAGGUCAUCGUCACCAUGCAUGAUUUCCUGGCCACCACUCAGGAGGCCAUCAAGUUAUCCGGACUGAGCAUCCCAAAAUCGCAUAUAAUUACAGUGGACAAUGGGGACAACUCUCUGCAGCAAAUUUACUCGACCCGGCAUUUCCCCCGCGUCUACCUGACAGCCAAGAAGCAGACCGCACAGACGCCAGCCUUUAUUGUGUUUAGUUCGGGCACAAGCGGAGCGCCCAAGGGCGUAGUCCUGUCGCAUCGUAACCUGGUAGCCAACGCAAUGCAGUUCCUGGAAGUCGAUCGUGCCGAUUACAAGUUGGCGCAGGCUGUGGGCCACAGAUACCAGCGGCGUUGGCUCCAGGUACUCCCGAUGUUCCAUAUCUACGGGAUUCUUGUCACCAACGCUGGCAUACUCACCGGCGCUGUUGUCGUUAUGAUGGACAAUUUUAAUUUUCCUGGGUUCUGUGCGUUGCUGCAGGACCACAAGGCCGACACUGUUUACGUUGCACCUCCAAUUAUUCUGGCUUUGGCGAAAAGCCCCGAGGUAAAAAAGUACGAUUUGUCUAGCCUCAAGUAUAUCAAUUCGGGCGCUGCUCCACUCGGCAAGGAGCUGCAGGCUGAGGCUGAAAGAAAACUCGGCGUAUUUGUCACCCAGGGUUUUGGAAUGUCCGAGGCCAGCCCGCUCAUAUCCCGCUCGGCAUGUGGCGUCAAUACUCCGGGAUCUAUCGGACCUUUGUGCUCCAACACCGAGGUUGUUUUCAUUGACAAUGACGGUAAGCACUUGGGAGUUAACCAGACAGGCGAAAUCUGCAUCAGGGGGCCCCAGGUUAUGCUGGGCUACUACAAGAACGAAGCAGCCACAGCCGAAACCAUCCAAAGCGACGGAUACUUGCACACAGGCGACAUUGGAUACAUUGACGCCAACAACAAUAUUUACAUUACUGAUCGCAAAAAGGAACUGAUCAAGUAUAAGGGAUUCCAGAUUGCGCCGGCUGAGCUCGAAAGCUUGUUGACAGAUCAUCCGGAUGUCAUUGAUGCCGCUGUGAUCCCGGUUUAUGAUGAGGCGCGGGUGUCAGAAAUCCCCAAGGCGUUUGUCGUUGUUCGAUCUGAGGCACAGAAUAGGAUUGGGAUUAAUGCAGAAAUUGCAGGGUGGCUGGCCACUCGUGUCAUCGAUUACAAGAAGCUGCGCGGCGGUGUAGAGCUCAUUGACGUUAUUCCAAAGUCUGCCACGGGAAAGAUCCUUCGCCGGGUGCUCAAGGAUCUUGAGGCCAGCAGAAAAAGUCCAAAGACCAAGCUCUAAAUAGAUGUGAUGAUUCUCACUACAUAAGCCCAGCCAGCUGAGCUGAGAGGUUGAGAGCUAAGUCAAUGCCGAGCAGGCAGGCAUUAAUGCAACAGCAACCAGGAUUUUAUGGCUAGCUAGCUGCUUAUAAAAUGGCAGCACAGGAAAGCUCAAUAGGAAGUUUCCUCAGCUUUUGUUUUAAUAAAAAUUUAUCGGACUCAUCAUUUCUGGUGAUUAC